AUGCAAUACUCGAGGAUACCGUCCAUAUCUGCAGCAAGCACGCCGGAAUCCAGCGGAUACCCUCCGCUGAAACGACAAAGGAUUCACUCGUCGAUGUUGCAGGAUGUCACAAAUCAAAUCCACAGCACGGGCCCACGCCGAAGCGUUACUGAGGAGCCCAAAUGCCAGAAGACUAGGCUUAUGAACAAGUAUGUGUUUGGGGACGCUUCGGUGAUCGAGGAGGUGAAAAAGCGAGAGAGGAAGAUCAUGAGGGAUAUAGCACAUUUUAGGAACGCCAUAGCGGAGAUCGAGAAGGAAACGGCACAGAUACGGGAUAGACAGUUGCCAGAUAUACAGUACGAGAUAUCGAAGAAGAUGACAAUGUGCGGCGCAGUGAAGAAGGAAAUAAGCCAGUUGGAGUCUCAGCUGGAUAUGAAGGAUCGGGAAAUAGAUCUCUGCAGAAAAAAUGGGGAACUGGAUGUGUGCAACUUACAACUGAGAUAUUCUGUAGAGAUCCAGGAGCUGGAAAAUAAUUUGAAGCAGAGGCUGGAUGAGGAAAACUUGAAAUGGGAAAGGAAAAUAAUGGAGCUCGAGAAUCUGAAACCAGAUGAACAGGUAGCGGAGGAAAUACGACAUCUCAAAGGAGAACUUCAGGAAGUGGAAAAACGAUGGGUGUCUAUGCAAGAGGAGAAUCAACGAAAGAGUCAAGAGUAUGAGCGCGACAUGCAGAGAGAGUUAGACGACUUUAAGAAUCUGAAAAUGAAACCGAUGGAAGAUUUGAUUGAAGAGCAGAAACAACUCAAAGAAAAGAUGAGAGGUCUUUUUGACGAGCGCAACCGCCUCACUGAUGAAGCAAAUGGAAAUAGAAAACAGUCAGAGUUGAUAGAAGCGGAAAUUGUUGAAAUACAGCAGAAAAUCGAUGAAAUUAAGGCUAAGAACGAGCCGUUACAUGAGGACUUGACUAUUACAAUAAACCAUUUUGAGAAGAUAAGAGACGAAACAGAGAGAGUGCAGGAAAAGGCACACGCUAGGGAAACUUUUUAUCAGGAGAAGUUUGAUAAGAUGGAGCAGGAACAAUUAAGAAGAAGGAAGCUGGAAAAUACAAUCGAUGAAUUAAAGGGAAGGAUAAGAACAUUUGCAUACAUAACACGAAAUUGCGAGAAAAGUGGCUUAGAUGUGAACUAUCAUGAAAAGAGCCUAAAAGAACCAGAAACAGGUAGAAAAUAUCAAUUCAGUAGGAUGAUACCUUCAGCACUAGAGACAGAAAAAAAUUUACUUUACCAAGAGUAUGAAAUGUUCCAGGAGAUGUGCUUGAAGAAAAGUAUACACUUCAGCCUGAUUUCGAUAAGCCAAAAACCGUGGGAAGCCCUGAGAUUGGCACUGCUCGAGUUCAUGUACAACAAAUGUCAUGAAAAAUAUCGAAUAGCUGUACAAUACGUAUUCCUCUCUGAGGAGUCACCAUCUCAAGACUUACUACUGCCGAGCGCGGAAGAUGGUGAUAAUGAAAUAAAAUUGAAGAUACAGAAGGAAUCCUUAGAAUUAGACUCCAAGAUUAUUGAGGUAACCGACGUUCUAAAUAACCUGCCAUCAAACUUGCGAAGAGAGAGGCCUAAUCACAUACCAGGCAUUGGAAUUCUCAAAUUUCAUUUGACACCUCAGGACAAGGGACAAAAACUGCUCAACUUUUACUUUGUGGAGAUCAAUGAUAUAAAUACCAUAGGGAUAUUAAACAAAGUCGUCAACCCAUCGCAAGAAUUGUCUUCUCCAAUAAGCCUGAUCAUGAAAAAAAUUCUAUCAGAUACGACUUCCUGUUUCCUAUUCAAUAUUAAUGAUGCUUACGAUAACGAACUUUUGCUCGAACUAUCGAAAAAGAUAGGCCACAUGAGAAACUCUAAGAAAAGGAAAGUUUCGGAAUAA